CAGUGCAACUUGUCAAUUGUUCGUUGGUUUUCGCGAAUCAAGUGAAUUCAUCUGAAUAGUGACAACCAAGUUUAGUGUUUUUUUUUAACUACCCAAUUGUAAUAAAUAAUUCCAAAAUUCUCAUCUUCACGAAAAUGUCUCUCAGCAAAGGGAUUUCGAAGUACAGGAGGUGUACUUGUUUGAGUAGGCAUAUUAACACAAAGAGUGCCAGUCAACAACAGACACUUCCCUCCACUUCCAAAUUCCGUCUCAAGACAAAUUUGAAGAAUAUGUCUUUGAGCCAGUGGAAAGUAAUAAACCAGCUGCGUGAUUUGAUAACCAGGUCACAAAGCGAAAAGAGCAACAUGUAUCCCCUAUCAAAAGAAUGGAUAAAUUUGCUGCAAAAAUUUCCACAUCUUACUGGUGUCAUGCAAACUCUUCCUGUGACAACUAGAAGGAAACAUGUGGACCAAAAAGAUCCCAACUCACCAGACCGUGUGGAUCCAUUGAAUCAGAGUGACGUCGCAAGUGUAAAGUCAGUCUCGACCACACAAACAAUAGAUCCUCAACCUCCUGACGUAGGCAGAACCUCAGAACCUUUCCAGGAUUAUGCUUACGGAGUCAUAAAGGGAAUCCAGCAGCGACUUUCUGGGGCGCAACAAAUAACAGAAAAACCAAACAGCCAAGCUUUAGUACCAAAGUGGAAAGUCAGGACGGAUGCAGUGGCUUCCAAGGAAAGUGUCAAGUCGAGAACACAUCAUGUUCUGUCCUUGAUAUCAACCGCUGAGAAUCCACAGUCCAGACUUAAACGAAUUGAAGAUCUUCUCGCUCAUCUACACCAGUUCCCUCAGGCUAAGAGACUUGCAGUGAAGGAUGGUGCUAUCCGGCUGUUACUAAAUGUGCGUCACAAGACGAGGGAUGAAGCAACACAGUCAGUAUUGAGAGAAGCGUUUGCAAUGUUGGGCUACGCAGGACCACUUCCUGGCCAAGGUAUCCGGAUACUGGCGAUAGACGGCGGUGGGAUCAGAGGAGUGGUGGUCAUUCAGAUGCUAAAGAAGCUGGAAGAACUGACUGGCCAACCAAUUCACAUGCUUUUUGACUACAUUUGUGGAGUCAGCACAGGGGCCAUAUUGAUGUGUGGAGUCGGGCCUCCACCGGGCAAGACGCUGGACGAGGUACAGAAGAUCUACAAGGAGAUGAGUAUCAAGGUGUUCACACAGAGUGCGUUCUGGGGCACCACCAAGAUGGUGUGGAACCACGCGUACUACGACACUUCAGUUUGGGAGGCUCUACUCAAGUCUUACCUGGGCGACAGAAGUUUUCUGGAGACUAACAGAGCGGCCAACUGUCCCAAGAUGUCGGCUAUAUCUGCAGUAGUUAACAAGUCCAAUGUGAUGCCGUAUGUGUUCCGUAACUACUCUCUGCCACCUCAGCGUCAGAGCCAGUACGUAGGAAGUAGCAGACAUACACUGUUUGAGGCUGUGCGUGCCUCAGCUGCGGCUCCGACCAUCUUUGAAGAGUUUAAACUUGGUGACUUCAUGCAUCAGGACGGAGGUAUUCUAGUGAACAACCCUACGGCCCUGGCAAUACACGAGGCCAAACAGUUGUGGCCUGACGCACCUAUACAGUGUGUGGUGUCCUUCGGUACUGGACGGCAUCUACCACCUCACAUGACAGAGCCUGCUGUGGCUCCCACCACGGGCACCUCAUGGAAACAGAUCUUUGACAAGAUAUUGGACAGUGCUACAGACACUGAAGCUGUGCACACUGUGCUGAAUGAUCUGCUGCCACCAAAUGUCUAUUACCGCUUCAACCCUUACGUAACGGAGAUCGUCUCCAUGGACGAGAUCAGGCCGGAGAAAAUCAACAGGUUGGAGCUAGACGCGUUGAUGUACUACCGACGAAACGAGGAGAGCUUCAAGGAGGCAGCUGAUGCGCUUACAAAACCAAAGACAACCGCUCAGAAAUGUCAGGACUAUUUGGACCUGCAGGCAACAAUGUUAGGGCUGAAAUAAAGGGAUAAACUAGUAAAUAAAGUGGUCCAAAGUAUUGUUAACAUUCCACAAUAUGGUAAUAAUUGACAAUUGCGAUACAAAAAUCUAAGAUUACUUUGUUUUUAUGCAAUUUUCUUUAAAGUUAUAAGAAAUAUACACUGACUUAUUAGCUAUCUAAUGAACAUAAUAUAUAGUGCAAUAUUCAAAUGAUCAGUUAAAGUUGUCUGGGUACUCGCCUUUAAAAUUACAGCUUCUUCCCCAUAGGUAAAAUUCAUUAGAAGUACACAACAUGAUUUUGCUAGUUAUAUGGCAGAUUGGUUAGCUCAGCUAUUUUUGUUAGCCAAAUUAUACUUGUUGAUUUGUGAUUCAUUAACUUUUAUCACCGUUAGAUGGAUAACAUAACUGCAUUAUCAAUGGGGUUGUUGAUUACUUUUGCUUUUUAUAGAAAGGUCAAUGUUGGAUGGAUGCAAAACACAGUUAAACUCCAAAUUGCUGACUCAUUUUACCAGUGAUAAAAUUAAUCAUAGCAAUUUAAAAAAAGGUUUUAAUCAAAUAGUAAUAGUAGUCUAGCUAAAUAAGCUUAAUGCAGAUUCUUGUAAAAUAAUACACCCACCUUUAAAAUUCCUGAAAAGUAUAGUUAAAAAAUGUUUCAUUAUGAAAAAGUCUAUAAAAUCUUAUUAUUCCUGGAGCAAAGUAAGUAGGCCUAAUGUUUUCUGUUUCAAAAGCAAUACCAAAAGAGUUCCUUGUAAAAAUGUUGUUGUAUAGUUUUCAACUAAAAAAACAAAUCUCUAAUAACUAGAAUAGAUUAAGUAAUAGUAAAUAGUUGGAAAAUAUAUAUUUACUUGCCUAAUUAAACAUUUUGCUAUAUUUGUUAGUUUCCACUUUUUUUUUCUUUUUUUUCUGUUAAUACUAUGAGGGAAUAUGUUGUUCAUGUAUUUUAUUUCUGGCUUUUCUUAGCUGAUUAUGUCAUUCAAUUUAGAGAGCCUAGAAUAAUGUGUCAAUCUACACUAAAAUGAGUACAAAAGUACAACAAGUUCUCUGUUUCUCUUAGUGAUACAUUUGACACAUCACUUAACAAUUAUUUAUCCUAGGUGGCUGUGAAAACAAUGUGUAAACAGUCUUAUCAGCUGUUUUACUCCCAUCAUGCAGUAUUAGGAACGACUAAAAGUUUAACAUCACUAUCACUUAAGAAUCCCCUUCUUCUCUUUGUGCUUUCUAAAGUGUGAAAUAUGUUUGAUUUUAGACAGAAGCAUUUAUUUUUUUUAUGUUAGUAUAUCUGUUUACUUCUGAACUAGUAGGUGAAAGAUCUAUUUUAAAAUGUAUACAGACAAAAAUAUAAUUUUAUAAGAGCAUAAACACUGUUUUAAUUUUAUGUAAGAUUUUAUCUCUUUAGUUAACUAUUGUAAAUUCUUUAGAACAUUCAUUAACAUUAUUAUUUUCUAGUCAGUAGAGCUUUUAGAGAUCUAUUAAAUUUUGUGAUAGUAGUUUUAUUGAGUAUUCAUGAAACUUUGCUUCUAAGGUGAUAAAUCGUUCUUUAUUUCUAUAAUGUAAAUAUUUGUCUAUAUUGUAAUUUUGUACACU